AUGGCGAACUGUAGAUAUAACUCUUCACUUCCUUUUCAUUUUAUUAGUGAUAACAUAUUUUGUUUCCUAAAAGAUGGGUACAUAUGUUUUAUGAAUUUAUUAAACAAUGAAAAAAAAUAUCUUUAUAUUACUUGUUCACAAGAUGAAGGUUAUGUAGCACAAUAUUAUUUCGAUGUAGUAAAAUGUAGAUAUGAAAAAAAAGAAGAGGAUUGUAAUAAAAAUAUGACAAUAAAUAUAAUGUUAUUACAAAAUGAAAACAAAAAAAUUAUUAAAGAAACAUGUUAUAUAAAAAAUGUUGUUACAAAUAAAAUAUAUCAUACUUUAUUCUUAGUUAUAAAUAAACAUUAUCAUAAUAUUUUAUGUUCCUUAUCUUUUGAAAAUAAUAGCUUCGAAAUUCUGAACACGAAUUUUGUUAAAACGUUCAAAGGGAAAAUAAAAUCUAUGGCAUGUACAAAUAAUAACAUUUUUGUCUUGAUAAAAAAAAAAAAAAAAAUUAUAAAUAAAAAUAAAAAUAAUCAAAUGAAAAGUAAAAUAUUAAAUCAAAAUGUCCUGGUAUCUAAACACACACUUGAUCGCUCACUCCUUUUAAUGAAAGGAGAGAAUGAUGUUAACGUUAUAUGUGAAUCCAAGAAGGAAAAAAAAAAAAAGAAAAAAAAAACAGACAACAAAAAUGAGAAGAAAAAGGGGCACAUGGAAAUAAAAGAUGUAAAUGAAAAAAUAAAUGAAAAAAUAAAUGAAGAAAAAAAUGAAAAAAUAAAUGAAGAAAAAAAUGAAGAAAAAAAUGAAGAAAAAAAUGAAAAAAUAAAUGAAGAAAAAAAUGAAGAAAAAAAUGAAAAAAUAAAUGAAGAAAAAAAUGAAGAUACAAAUAAAGAUCCAUAUGAAGAAAAAGAAAAUGAUAAUAUCCCCUUAGGUGAUCAUCACAGUGUACAAUAUAACAUUUUCACAUUUUCCAUAUUAAAUAAAAAAGAACCAGAUUUAAAAAAAAUCCAAUUUUCAAAUAUAAUAUUACCUAUAAAAAAAAUGAUAAUAUGUCCAUAUGAUGAAAAAAUAAUAAUAUUGUUAUCACAUAAAAGUAUUGUAUAUAUUAUUACCAACAAAAACAAUGAUGAUUUAAAAAAUAUGUUUAUCAUAAAAGAACUUAUUUUUAAUAGUCCUAUUAUUACUACAACGUGGAUAGAUAAUUACAUAUUUUUAAUUUAUUUUUUAAACAACGAAUUAAUAUUUUUAAGUUUUGCAAAGCCUUGUAGAAACCUAUAUUUUUACAAAUGUAUUAAUAACUAUUCACAUAUUACAUCUUUUUUUUAUAAAUCGAGGAAUUUGUAUAUAUCUUUUAAAACAAAAGAAAUCGUAUGUUUUAAGAUCCGUUAUUAUGAAAUUCCCUUGACUGUUUUUAAAAAGAUACAAACCACUGAAGGUAAUUAUAUAGAUGCAAAAUAUUUAUUCAGAAAAAGGCCUAGAUAUAUAAACACAAAUCAUAAUCAGAGUAAUGCAAAAGAUGAUAAAGAUGGCAAUGAUGUAAUACGUGAGGAAGAGGAUUUCCUUAGGAAUAAUAAUAAAAAUUUUUCUGAUGUCAAAAAAAGGAAAAAAAGAAAUGAUAAGAAUAACUAUGAAAUCAUCUUUAAUAAUAUAUUAAGAGAAAUAAAAACAUUAGAAAAUAAGAUAUCUAACAAUGAUUAUAAUAUAUUUUAUGAAGAUGGUGAAAUAAAUAAGGAUGAACUAAAAAAUAGGUUAAGUGCAAGAAGUUUGAGUGUUUAUAAUAAAUAUUUUAAUUUGAAUCUUUUAGGUCAUAAUAAUAAUAAGAAGAAAUGGAUAAGACAAGAUAUAAGAAAUAAUAUGUAUCAUAAUAAAUAUAAUUGUGUUGAAGAAGAUGUAUGUAUAAAUCGUUAUAUUGAAAAAGAAUCAAUUUUUUAUGAAUAUGAUAAUAAUAAUAAUGAUAAUAUGUUAUGGUCGCACUUGUAUUUUUUAAAAAAAAAGAAAAAAAAAAAAUUUGAUAAUUUCCAUUAUAAUGAUGAGAAUGUGAUAAAAUUAUUAGAUUUUGUAUCUAUAAUAAAUUUGCAUAAAUAUAUUUUAAAUAAUAUAACUAGUUUUUAUAUAAUGUCUAAAUAUUUAUUUGUUUUACUAGAUAACGGUUUAUUAUAUUAUACGAAAAAAAAUGAUGAUGGCAAAAUAUAUGAUUUUUUAGAAUUAUCUAAUUUUUAUAUAUGUUAUUAUAAAAAUAUAAAUAAAAUAGUAGAUAUAAAAAUAAUAAAUGAACAUGAUAUAUAUUAUAUGGAUAAGAAACAUAUAUUAAAAAAUCAUUCCUUAAAAAAUAAUUAUUUAAAUAUUAUAAAUACAAAAGAAAAAAUCCAAUCAUAUAAUAUCUUUUCCAUGUUAGAAAAUUGUACUUGUAUAUUUUUAUCGUUAAAUGACGGAUCUUUCUAUUUUAUAAACAUUACAAAACAUAAAAUUUUAUUAUAUGAGAAUUUACAGAAUUUUAGUAAUUUAGGACAUAACCAAAUAUAUUGUAAUUUUAAAAAAAACAAAUAUAUACAAUAUAGUGUUUUUAAUAAAUUGAAUGAAUAUAUAUUCAAUGGUUACUUUUAUGUGCAACAAUAUAUUAUAUUUUUUUUUUUAAUAUAUUCUACAUCCCAUAAAAAAUUUUUUAUUUAUCUCGUAGAAAAUAUACAUAUAUAUAUUUUAUUUAAAAAAAUACAUCAGACGAAUAUUUUAUAUAAAAAUAAAGAAAAAAAUCAAAAUCAAAAUGAAAACAUCAUCAAUAUGAAGAGACAAAAGGAAUCUUCUAAUUAUAUUUUAUAUAAUUUCUACUUAUAUAAAACGCUGAAUAAGGAUUAUGUGUGUUUAUUAUGUUCAGAUAAAAGCGUGUCUUAUUUUUAUAUGUUCUUUUUUGACCUCCCAAGGGAAGAGGAAAUCAAAAUGUAUAUAUCAGACAAAAAGAAGAAAAAAAAAAUAAACAAUAGUAAUGAUAACAAAAAAUAUAUAUAUAAUCGUAGCAAUAAAGAUAAUGAUAAUAAUUAUAAGGAGAAUCAAAAAAAUGAAGUUGAAAAUUAUCAUUAUGAUGAUGAUGAUGAUGAUAACAAAUCCUAUCCUUUAUAUACAAGAAAUAUUUUUUUCUGUUCAAUCAAAAAUACAAAUAUCGUUUAUGCUAAAUGUAUAGGGAAUUAUAUGAUCGUUGCUGAUUAUUAUUUGAACAUUACUUUUUAUUAUAUUAAAGAUAAUUUUAAUAAUUAUUAUAUGUCGUCAGGUGAAACUCCUUCUUCUUUUUUUGUUUCACAUAAAUUGGAAGAACCUUGUGUUUAUAAGAUGAAAAAAAAAAAAGAAAAACAAAAAUAUACAUGUAACAUGAAAGAAGAAAGUGAAUCCAAAAUUGAUUAUUCAACAAAUCAUAAUAUGCAAAACAUGAUGCAAAGAUUUUUUUUUUUGAAAAGAAAAAAAUUAAAAAACAAAACAGAAUUUAAUGAUAAUAUGAUAAAAGAAGACAAACUUGAAGAGAAGAUAAAUGAAGAUUUUGUCAUAACAGAAGAAGGAGAAAAAAAAAGUAAUAAAAAAAUAAAAAAUAAUACACAACAUAAUGAUAAUAACAAUAAUAAUGAUGUAUUUAUUUGUAAUUCUUUAUAUGAAUUAUUACUUAAUAAAGAGAAAUCAUUUUUUUUGAAUAUUAAACAUGGGAAAUUAAAAUAUAUAAAUGAACGUAUGCAUACAUCAGAAUUAACAUAUAUUGAUAUUGUAACAACAAAUAAUAUAUUGAUAUGUAUAUCUUUUAAUUCUGUUGAUUAUCCUCUUGAAAUAAAUCCUCAUAUAAAUAUUAGAUAUAUGCCUUAUCUAAAUAAUGAUAUACAAUAUUAUUAUCCUUUGAUCAUCAAAGGUAAUAACAACUAUGAAAAUAAUAAUAAUAUGUAUGAUUUAUUUUUGAUCAAAAAAAAAAAUUUCCUUCUUUUAAGAAAUAAUAUAAAAGAAGAUGAAGAAGCAAUUAUCAAACAAAAGGAAAAGGAUCAUUCUACAAUAUGUAAUCCUAAAUUAAUACAAAAUCAACAAAAUGAUCAAACAUAUAAUACAAAAUGUGUUGAAGAAAACGUAUUUAAUGUUACAAUAAAUUCUAAUGAACAUAUCUCUUUUUAUCUUUCCAAAUGGAUCAUAGAAGAUAAUAACACAUCAUAUUAUAUAAAUGAUUCUUUGAUAAAAAAUAUGAAUAUUGUCUUUCUUAAAAUAAAAAAUGAUAUAUCACAAAAUUAUACAAAUAGGAAAAGAAAAAACUUUUUUGAAGAUAUUGUAUGUAUGGAGAAAAAAUAUAUAGAAAAUAAUAAAAAUAAUAAUGAGAAGAUGAAUAUCAAGGUAGACAUCAAUAUUAAUAUGAAUAUGCCAACACAUUAUAAUAUAUUAAAGAAUAAAAUUUUAUUAUUAAAUGAUGUAGAAAAGACCAAAUGUAUAGAACCCCAAAAUAAUAAUCAUAAUAUUAAUAAUAAAGAAAUAGAAUUCAAACAGAUAUCCAAUAUGGAUAAACUAAAUGAAGAAAAAACAUAUAUAUUGAAAGAUAAAAAUUAUAUUAUUCAUAAUAAAAAUACUAAUUAUUUUUUCGACAACGAAACAAUUAUAUUUACUUUUAUCAAAGAUAAUUCUUCACAAAAUAUAUCUUUAAAAAAAUGCUUGAAAAUUUAUCAAAAUAAAUAUUAUCUACAAGAAAAAUAUGAAAAAAAAAAAAAACUAGAAAAAAAAAUUACCUAUCUAAGAAAACAACUUAAUGAUUUAAUAAAAACAAACUAUCAAAAUGAACAGAUGAAAAUUGAUAGAUGUACAUUUUUUUUUGAUAAAAAAUAUAUAAAUGAAGAAGAUAUACUUAUUUAUGAAUAUAAAAAGAUAAAAAAAAAAUUUAAAAAUACAAAAAAACAAAAAUUAUAUAUUAUUAAUAAAUUACAAAAAAAAUGUUCUAUAUUAAAUAAAAUCGAUUUUUUAUCUGCAUUCAAAAAAAAUCUGUAUGUUGUAAAUUUUUAUAAUAAUCAAACUGGAUAUAAAUUUUGUAAUUAUAUAUCAUAUCCAUCGAACAAAUCAAAUCAUUUAUCGAAUGAAAAAAGUAAUUUCUCAUCUUAUAAUAAUUUAUCAUCUUAUAAUAAUUUCUCAUCUCAUCAUAAUUUAUCAUCUCAUCAUAAUUUAUCAUCUCAUCAUAAUUUAUCAUCUCAUCAUAAUUUAUCGUCUCAUCAUAAUUUAUCAUCUCAUCAUAAUUUAUCAUCCCAUAAUAAUUUAUCAUCUCAUCAUAAUUUAUCAUCCCAUAAUAAUUUAUCAUCCCAUAAUAAUUUGUCUUCUUAUAAUUUAUGUUCAUCUCCUUAUACAGAUAAAAUCAAAUGUUUACGAUUUUUACAAAUAAAAGAAUUUUUUUUUUUACACAACAUUGAUAAGAACAAUACAUUAUUUUUUCUCAAAGAUUACACUGAUUAUAUUGAUAGAUAUCUUCAAGAUUUCUCGUCUCUUUAUUUUUACCAUUACUAUCCAUGUACAAAUAUUAAUUUAAAUUUUCUAUACGCAAACUUGUUUAAUGUGAAUCCUUUACAAGGAGAAGUAGAUGAUUUACGAUGGAACUAUCUCCUCUAUUCUCCGUAUGAACUUUUCACAAACUCUAGGAAGAGACUCCAGUGUUACAUUCUAAAAAUAUUGAUAGAACAGAAAAAAAAAAAGUUUCAAAACGAUUUUGAAAUCCUAAAAGAAGAAAAGAAUCAUUGCCUCAAGGAAAUAAACUUCUUGAUAAAUAAACUGAAAUCCUCUUUACAAGACGUAGAAAAAUAUAUGAGCUACAAUUUUUCUUAUUAUAUGAAUAUGAAAUUAUUUAUAAAAAAUCAACCAUGGUAUGACAAAGGGCGCAUAUACAAUAUUCCGGACGCUAUAAAAAAAGACCUUUUAUUAAAAAUACAAUUAAACAAAUUAAACAUGGAAACAAAAAAAGAUAUAAAUAAAGAAAAUUAUAUUUUACAAACAAAAUAUAAUGAACAAAAAGAAAAUAUUAAUGUGGAUACUUCUACACAAUAUUACAAUUUGAAGCACGACAUGAAGAACACUCCUUCCACUAAUAUAUUUCAUAAUGAAGAAACCAAAGAAAUGACAAACUCCAAUCUUAAUAAGGAACAUUUAGAAAUUUAUGAAAUUAAAAAAAACGUUAUCAUAAAUAAAUUAAUGGACAUAAAAAAUUACAUAUUUCAAAUUAAUGAAAAGUGUGAAGAAUUUAACAAAAAGUUAAAAAAUUUACAUAAACAAAAACGUAAUGUACACAAACUUAUAAUUAUCCAUGAGCUCUAUUGUAUUUCCAUAUAUUCUCUUUUAAUAAAUGAAGAAAAUAAAUCGGAAAUAUUAAGAGCAGUUAAUAUAAAAAGAGAAAAAAUUGAUAUCUUAAUGGGACAGCUGGAAGGUUUAAUAAAAGACAUAAACACAACAAAGAAUAAAGAUGUCAUGUUACAAGAAAAAAAAAAACUCCUAAAAGAAAAAUAUGACAACACCAUAAAAUUAAAUAAUUUAAUGACAGAAAAAAAAAAAAAAUUCGAAAAGAAGUUCUUACAUGAAUGUAUGAAUUUUGACGUUUUGAUAGAACAAAAAUAUGAAAAUGUCAUAGGUUUUUAUUAUAAUUCUAAUAAGAAUAUUUUUUUAAAAAAAAAAAUCAUCCAAAAACACAUGCAAGAAGCUAAUCAAAUAAUCCAGGAAAUUUUUGAAUUGAGAAAAAAUAUAACUAAUAUAAAAGACGAAAUUUAUAAGAACAAAAUAAAAAAUAAAUACUUGAACUUUUUAUUAAUGGACAUAGAAGAAGGAGUUCAUGAUGUAAAGUAUCUAAAACAAAAUUGUGAAUUUCUAUUUUGUGAUAUAAAUAAUGUUAUUAGUUCUCUUGAAAAAAAAAAGAAAAAUAGAGAAUUAAUUUUUUGCAUAUCUGAGCAAAAAUUAAAAGAACAAAUAAAUACUGUGACCACAAAAAUUGUCGCCAUAAAACAUGAAAAUAAAAUAUUACAAGAAAAUGCGAAAAGUUUAGAAAAAGAAAUUGAAGAAUUAAAAGAAAAAAAAAAUUCUGCUAUCCAAUUAAAAACAAAAUCAUUAAAUUUACACAUUCAUGAUAAUAAACACGAUGAAAUUAUUGAGAAUAAUAUAAUAGAGGAAGAAAAAAUUGUCCCCAGUGAAAAUAUCUCUCAUACUACAAAACAAAAUAAAGAUGAAAAAAAGAAAAGCAAAAAUAUCUUCACAACAAAAGAUAUAUAUGAAAAACGUCUCCUUCUCAAAAAGAAAUAUAAAUAA